GGCAAGCUUGGGGCGGGGCAGGGAAGCAGAAGCAGGGAAGCAGGAUGGCGACGCGCACGAGGCCAGAUAUACAAGCGGCUGGCCUUGGGCUAUGGAAUAACUAAACGGCGGAGGAAAUUCUUUGCUUGACAUGUAAACCCGACAAACUGAUCAUGGAGUCAUUCUAUCUUCGGGCGUCGGCUGCCGUCUACGCUGCGCUGCUAGUUCCGGCCGCCUUAGCAACACAAAACGGCCCCCAAGAAGCGGAGAUAAACCAACAGCACCUGUACGGAACCGAUUGUCUUCCCGGGCCGUUACAGCUCGACUCGUAUCCUACCUGUGUGACUGCGACCAGCGAUGACGACGACCUGCCUUGGGCGCCGUGGACGUAUCGACCCUACUGCGCUGGCGAUACCAACUACUGCGUCUUCACAAACACCGACUUCCGGGGCCGAGACAAGGGUGUGAGCGUCAUUGACGUGCCGCCGUCCGGCACAGAAAAUGCUACUUCGGCUGUGACCUCCAUUGCGAAGUUACUUUCAUCUCGUCCACCCGCCCCUGAAUCCGCCGAUACAACAUCACCACCAUAUGAAUUGCGGGACAUGCCCGGAAAGGGCAAGGGCCUGAUCGCAACACGGAAAAUCUCACGUGGGGAAGUCUUUAUGGUCGACUAUGCCGCCGUUGUGGCCGACACCAAACUCCCGGGCCGGGUAAGACAGGCGCAGGGUCGGCAGCUCCUGAGUGAGGCCAUCGAGCGGUUACCAGGGGCAGAUGAGGUCUUGAGCCUCGCGAGGAGCAGCCCUGACCCUGAUAAUGUGCCCGCCGGCGAGGACGUCAUGACUACGAACUCGUUUGGCGUAGAGAUCAACGGAAAGGGGUACAUGGCUUUGUUUCCGAGAAUUGCGGUCAGUCUAUUUGGAGUUGUUGGGGUACUUCGCGGUAAAGCUGUGAGGACCAUCAUUGAUGCUAACCCAUCUUGCACCAUACAGAGGAUGAACCACGCUUGCAAGCCAAGCGCAAUCACCCGCUUCAACGCCACAACCCUCUCUAACACGGCUACCGCCUUUCACGACAUCCUCCCCAACGAGGAACUCACCAUCAGCUACGCCGAAUUCGGCCUCCCCUCCGCGGCCCGCCGCCAAACCCUCCGCAAAUGGGGUUUCACCUGCACCUGCGCCCUCUGCUCGCUCCCCGCCGACGAGCUAGCGGCCUCAGACGAGCGCCGGACCCGGGUGUCGCGGCUCGGGAAGGAGGUGAUCGAGCUGGUCCAGCACGGCGACAAGGACGAUUUAAAGACGGCCGUCGAGCUGUACGCGGAGGCGGUGGACGCGGUAAAGGAGGAGGGGCUGGUGCCGCACUUGGGCGGGCAUUAUCAGGUGUUGGGGCAGCUGUGGGCUGCGGCGGGGGAUCUGGAGAAGGGGAAGGAGUGGGUGAGGAGGGGGAGGGAGGAGACGGCUUUGUAUGAGCAAGUGGGUGGUGGGGUGGGGGGGUAUUAG